AUGGAUGCCCCAGAACAACUAGCGGACCAAGAUAGGGCAGACCGCCAGCCGAUUGACGUGCCUAUCCAAAGUGAUAAGGCCUAUCCAAAGGUUGUUUCCGAUUAUGGAUCCCCAACGCAGGAAACAAGCUCAAAGAAAGUUUUGGCAAUCGAGCAAUUUCAACCCAUAUUGGAGACACUGGCAGAUCUCGAUCGCGAUGACCCGAAACUUGCCUUUCAAGCGGCUCGAUCUGUGGGACUAUUUUGA